CUGAAACUGAUAGUCUUCACUUACACCGCGACUUAUAAUUAGUCUCGUUACUUCAACGUUUCGGUGGCUUGUUAAGCAAAUAAUGAAUGUGAUCAGGAAAUAUGAGUGCUGGUAAAAGGAAAUUCACUCAGCAUAUUAUUCCAAACCCCCAGCCAUUUAAGUCAAGGGAACAUAAUUCAUUAGAGGAGAAUGGCUUGCCGGAUCAGUGGUGUUCAUCAACCGUUAUGCCGAUUGAUUAUGAGGAGUACAUCACGAAAAAUAAAACCCUUAUAGUCAACGAUCUGUAUCGUGAAACCAUACUGUUUCCUCAGGAUGACCUGAAAAUUAUCCGCAUUCCUCAUAGACAUCAGAUGCUUAACAAUGGUGUUCCUGAAGUCGCACUAAAAAACAGUGUGUUUGUUUCGAACCCAUUGGCUCGUCAUGCAAUCGCUUUUUUUGCAACUACGGAAUGGAUUUAUGUCCAGCAAGUUUCUUCUGUUUAUCGUGGGAGUUUUCAUGUGCUUCCGUUUCUGAGUGAUAUCAAUGAGUUAGGUGGAACUUUGUCUCAAUACUGGUUUUCAAUUGAUCAGUCAAUUGCUGCCAAUAAAGAUAGUCCUAAUCAUAUCGCAGACUCUGUUCAUUUGCCAAAUUCAGCUGGAUCAAAAUCACGAGCAUCUAAGGAAUUACAAGUCCGUAGUCGCCGGUCAACUACUACAGGUGGUGGUUUUGUAAAAAGUAAUCAAACCAUUGGUGAAGCUUCCGCCACUGGACUAAUGAACCGAUUUACAGGCAGUUAUCAAUCUAAAGAUCAAGUGAAAUAUGAAAAAGUCAGCUGUGAUAGUGUAUUAUCCAGACGAGGCAGCAAAACAAAGGAUCAAACACAGUCUGAUGACGAAGCACUUGUGGAUAACAACAAUCGUAACAGUGAAAACAUAUCAAGUAUGAGUUGUGAUGGCCGACUGUCUGAAAGUGGAAAAUCAUCAGUAAGUGUUGGCUCUUUUUUUUCUCGCCUACACAUUUCAUAUCAUUUUUUUAUUCCUUCAUGUUCCUAGUGGAACACAGAGGCUUGAAGUUUCUGUAGCAGUGUAGUAGUGAUUUGUUUCAGCGUUGAA